GAUUAGGCCCGUGAAACCGGAUCUGAUAAGAUUUGCCGGUCUCCGUUCCGAUUUUGUCCGUCGAUUGAUCUUCGCGAGACGCAGUAUUAUAUGGCGAACAGAUCAACGUGAUGGCAUUCAGAGCGAUGCUAAGUCACGAAAGCACUCUGGAACCAGAUUACAGGGCGAGAUUGACAUUGAGUUUGCAGGCAUCGAAUGUCAUAUCGACAAACUUGGACCGAGCCCAGCCGCACGAGCUGUUCCCACGAAUCGGGGGAAGAUAUCAAGCUUGUGUCAGGCUUUCGAAACUAGGCCUCUCUGUGGCGUGGCAGCCCCAUUUGAACUACGAACAUCAGCAUCACCCAAACAUGUCAAGCGUGUGGACUCCGCAAUCGAGGAUUGUACAGCUAUUUGCCGAAAACCAAAGCAAAUCUCAGGGCAAGCGAUCGCAGAACUCGUUCGAACAUGGGGCAGUGUCCACAACAACUGGGACUGGACUUCCCAAAGGGUUCUCGAAGCAUUACCUAAGGGGCGAGCUUCCCGAGAUGUUCUACGCAGUAAGGAGGUCGAGACAGGCAUAUCACACCCUUUCGCUAUGGCGCUACGCUUGGACGACGAGGUUGACGCUCUUUCUGACCGGGAGACUGACGAGUACCUCCAUCUCAUCGAAGACGGCAACCGCACCGCCUUUGAAUCCGAUCAGGGUCAAGAGGCAAUGAACGAAGCUGCAUACAAAUUGACCUAUGGGCACAGUUGUACCUUGACUAUCCGGUCAGAUGCUGAGCAAGGCGCAGUGACUGUCAAUCCGAUGAAAAAUUCAGAUCGCUCGGAGCUCAUGGACGAGUACGUGACGAACAGAGGAGGGCACAGUAGCACAUAUCUCACCUUAACGAUCGAACGACCUCCAGGAGCUUUGGGCUCAUCAACAAGCUCCGAGUCUGAGUAGAGCGACCUGCUCUCCUCGGAGUCUACUUCCAACAGCACGUACUCCUUCCGUCACGU